ACAGCUCGUACCUCCCUUGUGUGGCGAGGCGUCUGAAGGCACUUUAUCCGUGCAGGUUCAGUACCAUGGCAGGAGCAACAGCAGAGGGGGUGUUGGUGGCGGUGCUGUGUCUGGUAGCAGGGGUGGCAGGGAGGAGUACCACGGUGCCUGCUGAAGCCUGCCAGUCAAUGAUGCCGAGCCACGGUCAUAAUGCCCAGUUAUCCCAGCCUCCCUACAACCUGAUUGUGAGAGGCAAUACCCAGGCUAUCAACUCUCCAGUCAAUGUGGUGCUCGCGGGUGCAGGUCCAAGAGACAUGUUCAGAGGCUUCUUCGUGAAAGCCUUUGACGACGCCACCGGGAGAGCCAUUGGAUCCUUCACCAACGCUCCCAAGACAAUUGACUGUGGUGGUGUGGCGACUGGGGCUCACCACGCCGGUCCCUCCGCUAAGAACUCUGUCACUCUCACCUGGCAGCCACCUGUGGGCUUUACAGGCUCCGUCAGCUUCAUGGCAACUGUGGUGCAGACUAUGGACACGUUCUGGGUAGGUGUCGUAUCCAAGAGUGUGAACUUUUCAUAACUUCUGAUGUAAAUUAAAUUUUUCUUCAACUUGUAUUUGUCCACGUGUCCCCUGGUGAGUUAGCUGCCCUUAGGUUGUAAAUUAUAAAAGGAGAUUCGCCUGACUUCUCGCCCUUAAGUAUUUUCAUCUUUUGAUUUAAACAGUCAAAUUACAAGAGCUUUUUAUAUGCUACAUCAUUUUGAUAUUUUAUAAAUACUUUUUAUUCAUCAAUACACAUUAUUUAGUUAUACUUUUGUAUUUAAUAAAACCCCAAACCAA